GUUUGACUUAUCAGCUUGUCCUUCUACUUGCCCAAAACAAACAAUAAAAAUACUUGCAGGUAUCUUCUGUCCAGAUUAUAUUGCGAUGGAAACCGCACAUCUCAUACUUAGUGUCCUUUUCGUCUCCCCUAGCAGACACCAUCCCUCUGAUGCCAGGGCAGACUAGUAGUCGACAGCUAAGCGACAGUGCGGAUGACCAUACUGAUCCGAAAGACCACCCACCAGUUGAAAGCAGAGAUGACGUCUCAACCGACAGUUCUCAUCCCGAGUUCCCGGAAAAAGGAUGUCAGCGCCCACACCCGCCCGUCAGUGUCAGAAAGAAAAAUGCUCCCCACGAGCCACCUCACGUCCGGGCCCAAACACUCAACGCCCAAAAGCAGCCACACGUCAGCACCAGGCCUCCGGACCCACGCAAACGCGGCCGUUUCCCGCGCUCCCACCUGGUGUAACACGGGCUCCGGCUCUGUGCAACGCAAUUAGCCCAACCAAAGCCAAAGCCACCGGCCGGCU